CCCACUUCUGGAUCCAAAGGUGCCAGGAAACUCGAAGGCAGCAGUGGCACUCCCUGCCCUCACCUUUGCCCUUGGGAUCUUCGCCCUAUCCUCCCUUGGGAGGAAUCUAGCCAACCCUGGUGGCCAGGGACAGGCGGCCUGCCAGAGGCAGCAUCUCCAGGCAAUGGGCUCCUAUCACAGUAUCUCGGGAUCGCAGCCACGAACAGCGGACACCAAGCUCCGAGAACGGUGUUCGUGUCUCUCCGGCGGCCGGGACUACGUGUGGGAGCCGACCAAAGGCAGAAAGUUUUGCGCCGGGGAGACGCCGGAAGCAUACGGACGGCAGUCACCUAGCAACCAGACGGCGUCCUUCCCGGCAGGCCCUGCGCCCGGCACCCAGCGUCCCACGCGGCUCAGACGAGCACUACCAGUCCCACAAUGCCCCGCAGUCCCGCCCCUCUCUGCGGAGACCCCGCGAGGCUGCGCCGCGACCCCUGCCCCGCGAGCCGCCUGCCAGUCUGUGCGGGCGGGCCGCCAUGCGGAGGGCCGAGCGCAGAGCUGCUGGGGGUUUGCGGUCCGGGUCUCCGCGACCCGAGGGCCGCCGCAGCACCGAGUCCGAAGUCUACGACGACGGCACCAACACUUUCUUCUGGUGAGGGCCGGAGACGGGAGGGGGCGCCCUGCCCCAGGCGAGGGGCGAGCCCACACCUUAACUGUGCUGUUCAUCCUCACCUGUGCACUGGGCUAUGUGACUCUCCUGGAAGAAACACCGCAAGACACAGCCUAUAACACCAAGAGAGGUAUUGUGGCCAGUAUUUUGGUUUUCUUAUGUUUUGGAGUCACACAAGCCAAAGAUGGGCCAUUUUCCAGACCUCAUCCAGCUUACUGGCGAUUUUGGCUUUGCGUUAGUGUGGUCUACGAGCUGUUUCUCAUCUUUAUCCUUUUCCAGACAGUGCAUGAUGGCCGGCAGUUCCUAAAGUAUGUGGAUGCCAGGCUGGGGACACCAUUGCCCGAGAGGGACUACGGAGGGAACUGCCUCAUCUAUGACCCAGACAACAAGACCGACCCCUUCCACAACAUCUGGGACAAGCUGGACGGCUUUGUUCCUGCCCACUUUAUUGGCUGGUACCUAAAGACCCUCAUGAUCCGGGACUGGUGGAUGUGCAUGAUCAUCAGCGUGAUGUUCGAGUUCCUUGAGUACAGCCUGGAGCACCAGCUGCCCAACUUCAGCGAGUGCUGGUGGGACCAUUGGCUCAUGGAUGUGCUGGUCUGCAACGGGCUGGGUAUCUACUGCGGCAUGAAGACACUGGAGUGGCUGUCUCUGAAGACGUACAAGUGGCAGGGUCUCUGGAACAUCCCCACCUACAAGGGCAAGAUGAAGCGCAUAGCCUUCCAGUUCACGCCCUACAGCUGGGUCCGCUUCGAGUGGAAGCCAGCCUCCAGCCUGCGCCGCUGGCUGGCCGUGUGUGGCAUCAUCCUUGUGUUCCUGCUGGCGGAGCUGAACACCUUCUACCUGAAGUUCGUGCUGUGGAUGCCCCCCGAGCACUACCUGGUCCUGCUGAGGCUGGUCUUCUUCGUGAACGUGGGCGGCGUGGCCAUGCGAGAGAUCUAUGACUUCAUGGAUGAUUUGAAGCCCCACAAGAAGCUGGGCCAGCAGGCCUGGCUAGUGGCAGCCAUCACGGUCACUGAGCUGCUCAUCGUGGUGAAGUACGACCCGCACACGCUCACCCUGUCCCUGCCCUUCUACAUCUCCCAGUGCUGGACCCUCGGCUCCGUCCUGGUGCUCACCUGGACCAUCUGGCGCUUCUUCCUGCGGGACAUCACCUUGCGGUACAAGGAGACACAGAGGCAGAAGCAGCAGAGCGACCAGGGCAGGGCAGUCAGGAGCAGGGCAGAGCCCCCAGGGCUAGAUGAUGAUCUGCCGGGGCCUGGGGGCCCUGUGGAGGAGGAUGUCACCAAGGAGGGUGCUGCAGCUGCCUCAUGAGCCCCUCCCACAGGCCUUGCCUCUUGGGGCUCUUGUUCUCCUCCCUUGCUCUGUGUACCUGUCCCGCCCAAGUGCACAGACGCGUGCACCAGUGAGCAUGUGCACAUGUGUGUAGUGUACGCCUGGCACUGUUCCAGGGCCAACAGGUGGCCGUGGUGGCCGGGGCUUGCUUCCUGUCCGGCCGUCUGCCUGGCUGGCCAGGACCUCUAUCCACAGAGAGCGUCGCCUCAGCUGGCUGGGGAGGAACUGCCUGAGCCCCUUCUCCGUGUGGCCUUGAAAGACCUGCUGAUGUGCCCACCAGUGGCACAAGUGAAGGAUAGUGUUCUACCUAGGCUGUGGUGGCACUGGGCCCUUCCUCCGGAGCCUUUGCUAACCAGACUCUGUCUUGGGUGGAGCAUGACAGGACAGAGGUUCCCAGCCAGCCACCUUACGCAUAUCAUGCAGAGACUCCAUGAACAGGCUGCCGUUGUGCCGGGGUUGCGCUGCUCCUUGCUCCUUGCGUUGAGGGUGACUCCACGAGCAGACAGAACACAUAAAGCAAUGAUGAAGGUCCUCAGCCUGCAGCACUCCUCCCUGCCCUGGAGACCAGGGGACCUCGCUGUUGGCUGCAGCUGUGCAGGAUGAAGCCGUUCCACAGCCUCGGGCAGAGAGCAGCAGGUCCAGCUGCUCCCCCGGUGUGUGUCCUGGCUGCAGAGCCUUCUGCAGCCCCCAGCACACUUGUGUGUGUCUCAUGGGGGACAGGACUGGCGACCGGUGAGAAGCGCUCAAGGGACAGGAACAGAGGGCACUGGGGAGAGGCAGCCGUCUUCUCAGUUGGUGUUUUAUUUUGUUCCCAGCCAGUAUGUUUAAAGCUUUCAAGCGUUCUCA